AUGGACUUCCCGCACGCGCAGAUGCAAGCGACGCUGGCAGCGACCAACUUCUCGCCAAAAUCAGUACCGUCGCUAUACCCUCAGCUUGCCAAGUCACAGAAGAAUUUGCAUCGCAAAGACAGCUUCGUUCCGAAACCUCCCAAAGUGCAGGAGAACACUAGCGAUAAUGGGUGCGACGACCAAGGACAGCGCCAGGCUUAUCGCAAGAGUAGCAUCAAGAACUUUGGCAGUCUCUUCGCGCGCAACCGUAGUAGUAUCGCUAGUACUAGCCCAUUGACGCAGGUCAUGAGCUCCGAGUCCGAGGGCAGAGACACAAGCGUUGAGACCGAGCGCGCAAGUCAGCAGACCACACUCGUCAGCUCGGACAUUCCGUCUCCUAGUAAUAUCAUGACUGUUGCCGAGAGAGAGAAAAUCCGCGAGCGUCACCGAAAGUUUGUCAAGCUCCAAGGCCUCGGACACGACCACCCUACCGUCUUCACCGCCGACCCAGGUGACUACUCUCAAUAUGACUACGACGACAGCGUCGAUAAUCGGCGCUUCAGAGACGAAUGCGGAGAAUGCGAAGGCACACACGUCGCCCACGAUCUCGCCAGUCCUACACCCAGCAGUCGCCACCGUCGCAACGAGUCCCUGCACGUCAACCUCAGUGCAGAAGAAGUGAGGAAGUACGCCGACGAAGUCCGUAAUAUGACCAUCGCCGACGUCCACCUCUCUCUCUUCGGCUACUGGAUCAAAGAGAGCGACGAGCACUUCCAGGAGGCCAAGAAAUAUCUGAGAGAGUUGGGUCUUGACCGCGGCUACAACCUCUCCCGCCUCAACAACUUCUGCCUCGAAGAACUCUGCCGCGACGUCCACGACAUCCGCCCCUCGUACGCUAAGCCCACUUCACAAAUCCUCCUCCAUAGAUGCGCACGCAUUGGGAACUUGCCGCCCGACCGCCCUAUGCCACUCGCGUUCCGCUCCCCAAGUUCACCCGUAGGUUUCUUGCCGUCGCCCUCGCACUCCUCUGUCUUCUCCUCGCCUGGUCCGCCGCCCGUAGGGGCUUCAGAUGAGUUGUCUCUGCGACCGUCCUCGGUGACGUCGUAUGAUUUGUUCUACGAUGAGACGACAGACUGGAAUAUCAGCGUUGCGGGCAUCUAUCAGCAGGUGGUUGAAUUGGAGGAUGUCGGUCAGAUCGAUAGGAUUAUUUCUGAUCUGCAGAACAUGAAGGCUUUGUACUCUGAGGAGACCUGA